AUCGAAGUGGGGAAAAUUGGCUCGUUGAUGAACGACAUGUCAAAACGCAAGGUUGAAUUGGACAGGAAUCUACACCGUAUAUACUUACAUCGAUAUCUGAUUGAUCUGAUCCGGCGCUUCGUCAAAUCUUCCGGGCCAAAUGUAACAAGAACGAACCAAGGAUAGACAUGGAAGUACUGCCGUCUCGUAGGGAAAUACCGACAUUAUACCCACGUGUGAUUCUGAAGGACAACGCUUUACGUACGAACCAUGACCUCUUAAUACUGAUACGAACAAGCAUCCCACGUCCUUUCAGGCUCUCUCCAUCGCUGCGCAAGCAUGGCGUACUGCGAUCGCUGCGAUCGUUACUUCAAUUCUGGAGGUGCUUUGGGGCAGCACCAACAGAACUCCAGCGCGCAUCAUAUCUGCGACGAUUGUGACAGAGACUUCACGAUCGCUGCAGGCCUCAUCUCGCAUUAUGUGAAUAGUUCUGCACAUCACUAUUGUGAGAGCUGUGAAUUGGAUUUCGAUGAUGAGGACGAUCUCGAAGAUCAUUACGAAGAGGACCACUGCUACUGUGGUCCGUGUGGCCGUUUCUUCAGUAGUGAACAGGCUCUUGAUAGCCACAACCGCGAGAAACACCGUUUAUACUGCAAGCCUUGCGAACGCACUUUCCAGAGCCAGAACAGCUUGGAUAAUCACUUGCGAUCCUCGAUUCACCAAUCACGCCGAAUCAAGUGUCCUGGUCGUCACUGCUCGGCCUCUUUUGUGACCGAAGCCGGUCUCGUCCAGCAUUGCGAGUCAGGUGCUUGUCCUUCUGGUGUAACUCGUCAAGCCGUCAACAGGGCCAUUCUCGCAAUAGAUCGAGGAAACAUCAUCACAAACCCUUCUAAGCUAAUCGGUUACUCUUCAUCUUCAGUCACUAAAACCUGGGCGACAGAUCGAUCGUGGAACGGCGAUGGCUUUGAAUGCUUUUUAUGCCAUAAGGAGUUCAAAAAGCUUAGUGGUCUAAACAUGCACCUAAAGGGCCCUGCUCAUGAGCAGGACAUCUACAAAUGCCCCCCGGAUUGGGAGGGAUGCAGGGCAGAGUUCAAGACGUUGAGUGGUUUAAUGCAGCAUGUAGAGAGUGGGUGUUGCGGAGUGAAGAGGUUCAAGAAGCGAUUGAGGAAUGCGGUUGAUGAGAUGACGAGUACGAUGAGGAUGUUGACGUUCUGAAUAUCCUCAACUCGUCCGGAAGCUUUUGAUGGGGAACCAUGUGUUGUUGCGGUCGCAUUUUUUAACAUUUUUCUUGGCAGAAUCAUUUCAUGUGCAUUUGCACGGGCGUUUUACCAGGCAUGCAUCAUGUCUCGGUUGUACUAUUCACGACACUUGCAAUGUAUAGUAGUACCAAGUCUCCGGAUAUACCAACAUUGAACUGUUUUCCAUCU